AUGCACUCACCCACAUUGUAUUCAACUCUUAUACACGCAAGCAAUUGUGUUAAUGGCAACACAUAUUGAUAUCAACCAAAAGCUUAAUGUAUAUCCAAGAUCUCAAAACCAAGACCAGAAGAAGCUAAUCACUCUCUCCCACUUGGACCGUCAAUGUCCUUUACUCAUGUACUUGGUUUUCUUCUACAAGAAGACCACGACUCGUGACUUUGACUCGGUCUUUUCCGACCUGAAACUCGGGCUGGAAGAGACUCUGUCUGUCUGGUAUCCCGCCGCCGGCAGGUUGGGUUUGGAUGGAGGUGGCUGCAAGCUCAACCUCCGGUGUAAUAGGAGUGGUGCAGUCAUGGUGGAGGCGGUGGCGACUGGUGUCAAGUUAUCAGAUCUUGGUGACUUGACUCAGUACAAUGAGUUUUAUGAGACUUUGGUUUACAAGCCUUCCUUCGAUGGUGAUUUCUCUGCGAUGCCUCUUGUUGUUGGCCAAGUGACAAAAUUUGCAUGUGGAGGUUACUCAGUUGGAAUAGGUACAAGCCAUUCACUAUUUGAUGGCAUCUCAGCUUACGAAUUCCUUCAUGCGUGGGCUUUCAACUCUCACAAUCACGAUAAAUCCAAUGGUAAGAUUAUUAAUAAAAAGGAUAAUAUGGUCAUCAAACCGGUUCAUGAUCGAGGAAAUCUACUGGUUAACGGGGACACGAACCGGAGUCUCGGAGUAACCAUGGCUGCAGCCAUUUAUCAUCUGUACCAGCUGAUCAAACAAGCCAUGAUGAUCCAUCAGGGGAAAAACCAUAAUUUCGAGUUAGCGGACUCUAGUUUUGUGAUCAAAACAUUCGACCUUAGUGGUGAUGCGAUAGAAACCAUGAUGAAGAAAUCACCAGAAGGGUUCAUGUGCUCCUCCUUUGAGUUUCUUGCUGCUCAUUUGUGGAAGGCGAGAACAAGGGCCUUGAGGUUGAGGAGAGACGCCAUGGUGUGUUUACAAUUCGCGGUGGACAUAAGGAAGAGGACGGUGCCACCACUGCCAGAAGGAUAUUCCGGCAACGCCUACGUGCUUGCCUCGGUGGCAUCAACCGCCGGAGAACUACUCGAACAACUAACACUCGAGUCAAUAGUUAAAAAGAUAAGAGAAGCCAAGAACUCAGUUGACCAAGACUACAUCAACGCGUACAUGGAAGCGCUUGGAGGUAGUGAACAAAGAAAUGACGGAAACCUCCCUCCUAUCAAAGAACUAACCCUAGUCUCCGACUGGUCAAAAAUGCCAUUUCACAACGUUGGCUUUGGCAACGGCGGCGAGCCGGCGGAUUACGUGGCACCACUGUGUCCUCCGGUGCCACAAGUUGCUUACUUCAUGAAGAACCCUAAAGAUGCUAGAGGGGUUAUUGUGAGGAUUGGUUUGGACCCACAAGAUGUUAGUGAUUUUUCGAAGCAUUUCCUUGGUUUUUAAUAGGCUGAUGUGAUAAUUAAUCAGUAGAAUCUUUGUUUAAUUACUAUUUUGUGUGAAUAUGGCUCCUCUAUAUGCAUGCGUGUGCGCUAAAGACACUUUUAUUGUAAUUGGGUUAUGAUGGAUGUAUAAUGACAUUUAUAAUGCUUUGUGUAUUUGUCGUUA